AUUAAAUUGUUCAAAGUUUUUCCUUUGACCGAUGCAUGAAUAUUUAAAAAUUAAUUCAUAACUUUUAUUAUUGCUUUUGAUUUGGUGGAUCAUGUCUAUCAACUUUUACACUAAUAACGUGUGUUUAUUAGGCAUUAAAAAUAUAUUCAAGUUUAAAUUACAUUCAAAAUAUAUUCAUAGAUCUGUUGUAGCAAGAAAAAUCACUCCUCAAGAAGUAACAGCGAUUUUAAGCUCUAAAGAACAUAUUUAUGAAUUUGAACCAAACUUGGGAUCUGUUAAAGCAUAUGAAACAAAUCAACUAGAAUCAAAUGCUCCGAUUGAGGAUGCUCGUGCUGAAGCAAAAUGUCUUUUAACAUCUGGUAUGUUGUUUGGAGUGUUUGAUGGACAUGGUGGUGCAAGCUGUUCACAUGUAAUCACUAAACGUUUGUUUGAUUAUAUUUGUGUAAGUUUGUUGCCCAAGCCACUACUUUUGGAAUAUUUAGAAUCUGGUAAUCAGCUUGUUGAAAUGCGUAAUGAGACAUUUGAUUUAGUUGCUGAAUUAAAAACCUUAUAUGCCCAAAGUUUAAAGUCAUAUGUACUUAAAUUAAUAAAUGAACGCCAAGAACAUCAAUUUAAAAUGAAAGAUGCAUUAGAAAAAGCAUUUUUGCAACUUGAUGAAGAUAUUAUGUCCGAAGCAAGAUUAAAUACCAAUAGUGAAGUUGAUAAUUUAACAUUGAAUGUUGGAUUGUCUGGAUCUGUAGCAUGUGUUGCUCAUAUUGAUGGACCUCAUUUACACGUGGCUUCAACUGGAGAUUGUUUGGCAGUAGUUGGAGUAUAUACUGAUGAUGAUACAUGGAUAGCUAAGGUCAUGGUUGAGGAACAUAAUACUGAUAAUUUAAAUGAACUUCACCGUGUGAUUUCUGAACAUCCAUCAAAUGAAAAAGACACAGUAAUAAAAUAUGAAAGGCUUCUUGGUCAGCUAGCACCUUUAAGAGCUUUUGGAGAUUUAAGGUAUAAAUGGUCAAGAGAAAUGUUAUUAGAACACAUUGUUCCUAAAUUGGGCGAAAAUGCAAUACCACCUUUUUACUAUACACCUCCAUAUUUGACAGCUAAACCUCAAGUUGUCCAUCAUCACCUUCAACCCAGAGAUAAAUUUCUAAUACUUGCUACAGAUGGUUUGUGGGAUUUUAUGUCUCCGUUACAAGUUGUUCGUUUGGUUGGAGAACACAUGAGUGGAAAAGUUACAUUGACACCACUUAAGUUACCAAGAAAAAAUAUGAAAUUAAGUGAAAUAAAUAAUUUACUUUUACAAAGACGAGAUAGUUUAAAACGAAAACCAGUUGAUGCAAAUGCAUGUACACAUUUAAUACGUAAUGCAUUAGGGGGAUCAGAGUAUGGUGUUGAGCAUGCUAAAUUAUCUCAAUUACUAAAUCUGCCCAAAAAUAUUUCUAGAUCAUUUAGAGAUGAUAUAACUAUAACUAUUGUUUAUUUUAACACUGAAUACUUAAGACAUCCUCAAGCUUAAAAUAGUUAAUAAGUUUUCAAAUUUUAAAUGUGUG